AUGAUUAUUCUUUCUUUUUCUUUUACCGACUACUUUGCAAGAGAAAUGCAUCUGUUUGUUCUGGGUCCUCCUGGCAGUGGUAAAACGUCAAUCAGCACCGUAUUGAAGGAACGCUACGGCGUGUGCCACGUCACUCCCAGUGACGCGGUGUCGCACGCGGUGGAAUACAUUGGAUCGGCGUUUGGUGAUCAACUGCGCCUCCUUGAAGAGGGGAAGCCCAUUCCAGACUGGCUGCUUACGCGUGUUGUUGCGGAGGCAACACGUGGACCGGACUGUAGCAAUGGUUUUCUUCUUGAUGAUUUUCCUAAGACAGCGGAGCAGGCUCGUCUUUUAAAUGAAGAGGGAGUAAAACCUGACGCCAUCGUACUGCUUAAUUUUGCUGACAACCUUUUGAUUGAGCGUUUCUGCGGGCGCUGGGUGCACCCUGUCUCUGGUCGUAUGUAUCACACACUGUACGAUCCUCCGAAAGUAAAAGGGCGAGACGAUGUUACUGGACAGCCGCUGGUGCAACGCCCAGAGGAUAGCGAAGAUGCCGUGCGGGAAAGACUUGCAAAUUUUCGCCAGAACUUGAAUGCCCUUCGCCUUGUAUAUAGUGAUGAGCGAUUGUGGCAUACAGUAGACGGCUAUGCAGCGGUAGACACUGUGCAACGUUCCAUAUGUCGCGUUCUAGAUCCUAUCCUUGCAUCGAGGAAGCGUCGUUGGUGGCCAUGGUUUUUUUCACAUUAG